CGUCGCUUUGUCGUGCUACACGAGGAGUCGUCGUGGUACGAGCCGGGUCGUCAUGAUCGUGGCCGCUGCGAAGGAAAUUUAGACAGUUUUGGCAACAGCACCAAUCUACCAAAAGAGCGUGGCCUGUCUGUACUUAAUUUGUUGUUGCAUUCAGGACCAAGAGCAGGAACAAGCUGCGAGGAUCGUUCCUCGUCAGCAAGCAGAAGUAUAAAAAGUAGAGGACGAAAAGUCAUUAAGCAAAAAUGUCCACCUCCGCAGUGGAAAAAGAAAAGCAGCCUCCGCUGUCUCCCUCCCGCCAGGCGGCACAGUUAUGAACUGCAAAACCAUCGUAAUAGUAUAAAAAAAAAGCAUGACAAAUUUCCUGAGCAUCAGAAAUGAAAUUUGUAAUGCGGAUUUGACUUGACAAAAACAUUUGCAAUGCAUGACUGCAAUUACUACCAGUACCAGUGCGAUACUUUUGCAAAGCAUAAGAGUACCUGAUCGGGAAGCACCCGGUGGACGGCGAUACCCUUGCUCCGAAGGAGAAUCCUCUGCCGUUGCCGACCCUGCUGAUGAACCACUACCCCACGCCCAGCGGUGUUUUGCUCACCGGCCGGGAAAAAUUUGUCCACGAUGUGCAGCUAUCAAAUGUAAAAAUGUCUGGGUCUGGAAGAUUCUGAGACUUGUCAUGCAUGUUUUGUAUUGGCCAUGAUGUCUGUGAUGCAUGCCCUAGCACCACAGAUUUUUUGAGGGCUUCGCGAUGCCUAUUCCGCAUGACAAAUGCCCUCUCCGCGUAGCAAAAAUUGCGUUCCCUUUGCUGCUCAUGCAAUACAGAUUUUUUUGGAAUAGAAAUUCAGCAUCACAAGUUGCAUUCUUCCAGACCCAGACAUUUUUACAUUUGAUAGCAGCACGCCUUGUACUGCGAGGAGUGCGGUCAGGUGAAAAGGAACGCCUACCAGAUGCCCAGUGACCACUUUCGAGAGUACAAUAUUGAGAUCAGAUUAUACGCCGAGGAUACGAUCUAUCAUGUUCGUCGUUGAUGCAAAAAUUACUCUGAUGACUGAAUGCGUUUGUGCUCUGUUUUAGGCUACUUACAUGAAACGUGUGAGUUGUUCCUGUAGCCGCACGAAAGAACGAUUUUGCAACUCUCUUCAAACCACCAGGACCAUCGAAACGUGCUUGGAGGAGGCGAUUUGGAAGGCUGGCGCGCUGAGUGGCAAAGACGUCAACGAACUGACGCAGGCGAUUAUGUACAGAAAAAAACUGUGUAAAAAGUGUAGUACUUUGGGUUGCAGAUGACGAUGAUGAAGAUGAUGCAAGACAGUUACAAUUGUCAUGCUGGAAAUGCAUCAGAGGAUCUUUUUAAACAUGUUUGAUGUUCCAGGUAUUAGCGUACGCAUGACAGGCUUCCAGGGUGAAUUUGUGAUGCUGCUCCUCCAAAAAUGAUACUACAUACACACUUUUUUUCUUCGAUAGCGAUGGUGCACGUCUUGACGGUGGCGAAACCCAUAUGCAAUGCAAUUUUUACGCCUCCGCAGCGUAGCCUGGAUGAAUUUGUUUUUGUCUUGCAUAAAAAGUAGAUUAUAGAAGUAGACACCAGCUGCACCACAGGCUCGUAGCCAGCCGAAGGACUACAAUUCUUCUUCUUGUGUGUAAUUUUGCAUACGGAUAUGCUGCAUCUUCAGGAGAAGUACACAGAAAUGCGAAAAGUGCGAUCAUCUACUUAAUAAUAGACACGACUUACUUAUUCGGGUAGUUCCCUUUGACAUUGUUGUGCAGAGCGCUGGGGGCAAGGGCACAGUUGCAUUGCAUAGAACAACCCGAAGCUCGAAGCUGCUGCGGCGAAGACCAUGAGGCGGUACCAAGAAAAUCGGGUUAUGGCGUUCUCAAACGUUACAUUCUCAGCGGUGACAUGGAUUUGUAAUGCGCGAACAGCAAUAGUAUAAGUGGCAAUAUUGCAACUUUCGCAUCACAGGUUUGCCACAGAUUAUCAUGCUGUUUAGCCCUUCGAAAAUUUGUCAUGCUAAGCACCUUGAUCAAGUGGAGGCUGAUGGCGACUUUGCAUGACAAAUCCGUGUAACAAUUGAGAAUGUAUACAGUUGAGAAUGCCAUACGGGUGCCGAUCGACGUCUGAAAAGUGCCAGUCUAUUGGCCGAAGCAAAUCGACAAUCGGAAAAUGAAUCAGAAGCGAGCUGUACUGACUUAAAUUGAUUUUAGAAUAGAGGAUUUUUUCGUGCGGUAGUUUAGCUACCAACUGUUGAACGAAGAUGAUCUUUAUCUAUUCCCCGUUGCAAUGUGCGACUUUUCCUCAUUGCCAUCUGAAGAUUUUUACCUGCUUCGCACGAAAUUAAGUAAGUAAACUGCGCAAAGAACAUGUGUAGAAGUUUCUCUUUCUGUUUCAUCUCAUGUGGACUUGCAUAAACGCCCAGCUAGUACUCGACAACUUUUCGUAGCGUGACCUCUAGUUGUCUACAGCUUUUUUAUGUAAAAAUGAAUCUCCUGCUACAACACCUACGAACUGAUAAUGAAACAAUGUGUUUUAGCAUCGUUGGAGCUACUAUUGCAGUUGGAUUUGAACAAUACAUUGCACAAAAGUUGGAAAUUUUCUUUAUUGCGCACACCAAAU